GUGGACGGGAACCGUGAGUCCGUAACAGCGACCAAACCACCCCUUUCCCUCUUAGCCGCCACCUCCCUCCCUUGUCAUCCCCUCCCUGAUCAGCUGCCUCAGGACCUGGCCUUAGAGUAUCGCCUCGGCACCCGCUUUCACUGGCACCCGCCCCCUUUCCCUCCUCUCUCAGCCCCCAGUUCAUGUCACACUGCUCCAUUGAGAAGGUUCACUGAGCCUCGUCCUCGCCUGCUGCUAGCCGCCAGUUCCUAUCAGGGUGUCACACCCCCUUCCUCUGGGUGACUACAGGCGGCGGGCGAGCCUAACAUGGCCAAGAACACGCUGUCUUCGCGUUUCCGCAAGGUGGACAUAGACGAGUACGACGAGAACAAAUUUGUUGACGAUCAGCUGCAGGAGGAACCGGCCGAGCCUCAAGGGCCUGACGAGGCCGAGGUGGACAGUCUGAUCAGACAAGGGGAAUUGCUCCGAGCAUUCCAAUCUGCCUUAAGGAAUUCUCCUGUUAACUCCAAGAACCAAGUAGCGAAGGAGAGAACCCAGGCAAUCGUACUCAAGGUCCUGACGUCGUUCAAAAGCAACGAGAUUGAGAAGGCAGUGAACACGCUGGACCCGAAUGGGAUUGACCUCCUCAUGAAAUACAUCUACAAGGGGUUUGAAAAACCUACAGAGAACAGCAGCGCCAUAUUGCUACAGUGGCAUGAAAAGGCAUUCGUAAUAGGAGGCCUUGGAUCCAUAGUCCGAGUUCUCACCUCACGAAAAACUGUGUAAAAGACUGUACUAGGUGAAUCCAGAAGUUGUGUUCCAGGCUCCAGAGCUGUGAAUGAAGAGUGAAUACAGAGACCCACCUGUCUGCAGAGUGCUAUCUAUUCAACUGUUGGGAAUGCUUCUUAUUACUGACUAUGGACGAAAUAUGAAUGUAUGUUUGUUUAAUGGGCUAUAUUUUGUUCCAAGCACCAGUCCUCUUUAGCAUGGUCAUACUGUUAGUGCUUAAAAUAAAGAUUUACCGAAGGGUGGUGGGGGGGGGGGGGGGGGUCAAGGAACAAAGUUGUCUCCACCAUAGAUGUGCCGCUAAUUCCACAGCUGCAGCCGUUCCUAAGCUAUAAAACAAUCCCAGCUCUGACUCCUCUGAAAUCCAACUAUUCACAAUAAAAUGCUAGUUUAGCCGGAAGGAUCUGCUAAAAUGGAUUGGGACUGGUGGCUUUUAUUUUGUUAACUUGUACAUACAGGAUUUUAGAAGUUCCCUGAUUUUGGUCUUACUUGAAAACGAAAAUAAUACAUAAAAAAAAAACGGUUCAACCCCAAUCACUGGCAGAGAGGCCGGCAACACAACGUCGUUCCCUCACUGGCACGAGAAGGGUUGAGCCGUUAGUGGUGGGGGAAUAAGAUACAUGUUUGUGGUGUUCAGCCUUUGUUUUGCAGUCUCACUGGGGCGUUUUGGUAUUUUGUCCUACCACUGGGUGGCGCUGCUCUGAUACCUGUAAACUUUAUUAAAUUACAACUUCCAUGAGUGAAGUGUUGAAAAAAAAAA